AUGUAUGUUUUUUUAAUGAAUAAAUAAUUUUUGGUGAUUUAAUUAAUAUAAAAUAUCUUAUGAAUGCCCAGGGCAGUCAUGCGAUAAGUUUUAUAUUUACAUAUAUUAAAUAUUUUAUAUAUCAUAUAUAUAUGUUUUCGUUUCAAAACAGGUUCUACUUCAGUAUGACGACAGUCGGAAGGUGGUUUUCGUGGACAAAUUCUCCGACAUUGUCAACAAAGCGAGGGAAUGUUUUGAAUUAAAUAAAGGAAACGUAUUGAUUGUCCAGAAAUAUGAUGAAGAAUGGAACGAGUACAUAGAUUGUGACAGUUUUGCCCAGAUUAAUACUGGUGAUAAACUUAAAAUAAUAUUGAACCAAACCUGCCGAUCUGAUGAUGGUCAAGAUACAUCUCUAGUAAGUAUUAAACUACACUUUUCCUCAACACUAUCAACUCAUGCAAUUUGAACAUUCAAAGCCAUUUUUAUAUUACUUAAUAUGCAUUCUUUAAAUGGGACUGGAUAUAUUGGUUCGAAUUACAUGUAUUAAUUGUUAAAUAUUGUCAAUGAUGUAGUCACAACAAACCAGGGAGGUUGCAACAUAAUGGAUUUGCAUGAAUCCUGUAAAUGUUCAGGCCAACAACUCUGCAUGGGGGAGUAGCUCUAGCUAUGUCUCUGAAUGUUUAUAUAAAGAAAAAGAAAUGGCAUUUAUAUCUAAGCAAAAAAAAUGGCAAAUAAAUAAAGAAAUGGCAUUUAUACUUAUAUCUACUGUUGUGGUGACCCUGCCAUGAAUGCAUGACAAUGGCGAAGUUAAAUAAUUAAAUAAAUAAAUAAAUAAGCUGUAUAAAACGGUGAUGUGACCUCUUUUAGAAAAUAUUUGAUAUGCUGCAGAUACUGAAAGAAUUUGUAGACUAAACCCAUUAACUGCCAGUACCCUACUACUGAAGAGUAAAAUCAUUGUUUACUUAUAGCCAAUUAAAGUAAAACAGGCUGGCGUUGGGCAGAGUAAAAUACAAUAGAAGGGCAUAUCUGCCUCAUUGCCAUAUGGGAUAUAAUCAUGCACUAUGCAGGGUUUGGGAGAAAGGGAAUUAUAAUUGUUUCACAAUACUAAUCUGUAUUUUAACAGAAUGACUCCACAAAGAGGGACUUACCCAAAGAGAAGGUUCGACAAGUAUUCAAAGGCCAAAAGAAAAUAAAACUAUCAACAAAGGGUGAAAUGAUCCUUGAGCCUUUACAAGAGCAGGUAAAUUAAGUUAACACACACAUGAUAUACUUUGAUAUUCAUAAAAAAAUGAUUUGGUGCUGGAAAUUAUAUUUUUCCACUAUUAAAUUCUUUCCAAUGUAAAAUGAGGCACCCAAAUUAAAACUAGAAUUUGUAUGACAAUUACAAAUUACUAUAAUUGAAAUAUGAACAUUGAGCUAUACAGGUAUAUCCAGAAAAUAUGUUGUUUUGUGCAUGUGAAUACAUUCAUUCAUUCAGACUUUUUUUCAGAAUAUUGUGAACCUUCAAGCUCAGACAGAACAUGAGUCAAUACAAAGAGGGCAAAUAUAUCAAAGACCAGAACAUUUACUAAAACCAUAUGAAAAAGCAAUAAAUGCUGCAUCAGAAGAGUUGGUAACUAUGAAUCCAUCAUUGAUAUUUGAUAGAAGUGCAUUGUUUGAACAGGCCCGACAAAACGUUAGGGAAUGUGGAUAUGUUUUCAAAAAAGGCUUUUCAAGGAGCAAACAUAAUCAAACAGAACCCCCCAGUUCAAAACCAAAGAAUACUUUAUCUGAUGAUAGAAAAACCAGAAUUCUUAAGAUCACAGAACAACUUCAAGUAAUAAAUGACCAAAUCGUGGUUAAAGAGAAGCGCAAAUUGAAAGCAGAGCAAGUGAAAGAUUAUCAAUUGUGUGAUAGAUUGUUAAAUGAAAAGAAACAGCUUUUAUCUGAAAAGCAAACUCUGGAGUCUGAAAUGAAAUUAUUACAACGUAAAGAGCACAAAUCAGCUUGCUAUUAUUCUAAAAAAACAAAAGUCAAUUCAACAACUGACCUUAAGAAGCCAAACAAUAGAAUUAAGGGUCAAACAUCUUUGCAUUCCUUUUGCACAUCUUCAAUAUCACAGGAACAUAUGAGCCUCCCACAGCAAAUUGAUCUAGAUAAUUACCCUGAGCAAAGCCCGUCCUUAAAUGUCAAUAUAAACCAAGCACAUUCUAUCAAUGCUGAUUUUCAAAAAAGUGUUCCUUGCCCACAGAAAAGUUCAUCUGUGAGAGACAUCACUAAUUCUCAGAAUUUCUCAUUUGUCAACGUGGCUAGUUGCCCACACCCAACACCAUCACAGCAUAGUCAACCACUUAUCAAUGACCAACCACAGCAAAGCAUACCUAUAAUAGCUAAUAAUUGCUUGAAACAAAAUCCAUUUGCCCAUACCAGUCACCCACAACAGCAAAAUAUAUCUUUCAUUGCUGAUAAUAUUUCACAACCAAAUUCAUCUGUCACAAUAAAUAUUAACCCACAGCAAGGUCUGCCUGUCCAAAAGAAUAGUCACACACAACAAACUUUGUCAUUCAGUGAUGACGAUUGCAAUAGAGUUAAUGAUGAAAGUAAACCUAUUGGUGAAAUGUCGAGCAAGGAUUUUUAA